AUGAAAUGGAACGAAAAACGAAAAAACUCGAACGAAAGAAAGAGACAACCGCUGAAGCAGAUCGUACAGCAAAGCGAAAAAUUGAUAGGAAGAAGAGAGGUUAAAAGCAACAAAUCGAGAUAUGAGUAUGUUCAAGAUGAAAAACAAAAUUUACAAAAGAUGCUUGGAUUUGCACCAUCUCGAGCUAUGAAUCGACAAUCACAACCGAAUUUCUUUGGUGCUGCACCAUCGUCAGCGAAUAAUUUCAGCUACCUUCGUUAA